AUGAAUAUGGCUGUAGAUGGGUUUGGCGAGCCGGGCAUUCGUGUGGUGAGUCGCCGGCUGGUGAAGGCAUCCGACCCGUCCAUCCAACCGCACGUGGUGCCCCUCUCCAACCUCGACCUGUACGUCGGCAACGUACAAGUCGCCAUACUAUGCCUCUAUCCCAAGCUUCCGGCGGGCAGGGAUUUCGCCGGCGUGGUGGCCACCUUCGAGUCCCUGCUGCCGGCCUUACUCAACGAGUUCUACCCUUUCGCCGGCCGCAUCGGCACCAACCCAAGCUCAGGCCUCCCCGAGCUGCUCUGCCACAACCAGGGCUCGGAGCUGGUCGUGGGAGAGGUCGGCGUCGCCCUGGGGAGCCUGGACUACGGCCUGGCCGACAAGUCCCUGAAGAAGCUGAUGCUCCCGUACGCGGAGGACGUCACCUUCUCAGUGCAGCUGCUGUCCUUCGCCUGCGGCAACUUCUCCCUGCUGUGGGCAACCAACCACCUCGUCGGCGACGGCCAUGACAACAUCAGGUUCCUGCGGAUGUGGUCCCAGCUCGCACGAACGGGCAAAAUCGUCGCCGACGGAGAUGGAGAUGGAAAGCUAUGCCACGACCGCUCGGUGUUCCGCCCUCGCAACCCGCCGUCGUACAGAGCCUCGCUCGCCGCCGACAUAACGACGUUCGACCCGCGCCGGCUGGUAAACGUUCUGACGGCCCACGACAGCUUCGUCGACCGCCUCUACUACAUCGAGGCGGCCGACAUCGCCAGCUUGCGCGAGAUGGCGAGCACCGAGCAGCGCCGCUCCUCACGCGUCCAGGCGGUCUCCGCGUACCUGUGGAAGGUCCUCGCCGGCGUGGUUGCCGCUUCCCGCGUGCCGGAGGAGCGCUGCCGCAUGGGGUGGUGGGUGAGCGCGCGCCGUCGUCUCACGUCGCCCGAGCUAGCCUCUGCGAUGCGCAACUACUUCGGCAACGUCACGACCUACGCGUACGGGGACGCGAGCGUGGAGGAGAUCCAGCGCAAGUCGCUCGCGGAGGUGGCGGCCAUGGCGCGGGAGCCGGUCGCCUCCGUCAACUACGAGGAGUACAUCCAGGAUCUGGUGGACUUCGUGGAGGUGCACAAGGGCCAAGGGCUGAUGGAGACUCCCGUGGUCGGGCUGGGCAGCCCGAUCCUAAGCCAGUCCGUGUUCGACUCAUUCCCGCUUGACACCGACUUCGGCUUCGGCCAAGCUGCUCUGGCCAUGCCCAUCUCCGACUUCGCCAACCUCUGCUCAGCCUACCUGUCCAUCAGCGCCAAGCCGGCAGGCGACGGCUCCUGGCUCGUCAGUGCCUACAUAUGGCCUCGUCUCGCCGCCGCCCUCGAGGCCGACGAGCAGCACAUCUUCAAGCCUCUCACGGCGGAGUACCUUGGCCUCACAGCCUCCUAG